ACGCACACAUACACACACGCACGCACGUACAUGCGCAUACACCCAUGCAGUUCUCGCGCACGCACGCGGCGCUGAAGCUCGCUCUCUCUUUCUGCGUGUGUUCGCAUUUUAUUUCUAUUUAUGCGACAUUUUAUCCACUUUAAUUAGUCACCAUCUUAGCUGAAGAAGUCGCGAGGCACGCGCCAGGUAUUUCUAUUCCUGCACUUCUUGUUUUCUUUUUCAUUUCGAAGGGGAAAGAAAAUCAUUUUGGAAGAAGAAGAAGAACAAGAAGAAAUCGCGCGACUAGUUUUCAGUUUUCGGGCUCGUGCUCAUUUUGUGUCUUUUUUUUUUGGACAAAAGACUGGAUGCAUCUGUAAAGAAUAAGUCCCCUUUUUUGUCCUCUUUGUGUUUUUUUUUUGUCAUUUUUUUUGUUUGUUUUGUUUUGUUUUCUGGAAGAAAACACGCCGGAUCUCUUAGAUACAUUAGACAUCACUUGUCCAUUUUCUCUUCUGUUUUUAUUUUUGAAAAUUUUCGGAAGAUCUCCCCUUUUUAACAUUACAUCCACUACCAGAAGACGUGAAUUAUUGUGUAACUUUUUUUUUUUUUUUUUGAAGAAAAGCAACAUCUGACUUCUUCAUGCAUUAGAAGAGGAAACAAGAAACUGUCGCGCGACUAUUUUUUUUCUUCCCUUGGUCCUUUUUUCUUAUUUAUUUUUUCCCAUGCAUUAAGCACAGUGUGUUUUUCGGACACUUCACACUCAUGCAUUAGCGCCGCGUCUCGUGCGCGGUGUAUGUGUUUUUUUUUUUUUUUUUAAAUAUUUAUAUUUUUGGAGUUGUUUUUGUUUUCCGCCGCGAUGUCGUAUCCUCAGGGUUACCUGUACCAGCCCGGUCCGGGAUCUCUGGCUCUCUACCCGCUCAGGACUGAAGAGCUCGAGCUGGCCGCGCGCUGCUCGUCUUCAUCGUCGUCGUCUUCCUCCUCCUCAUCUUCCUCGUCCACGGGUUCCGCGUUCACUCCGUAUCCCGCUUCCGCCGCCUUCACCGCCUCCGCCACGGGCGGCUUCGCGAGCGCACUAAGCUACCACACCGACCCGGCCACCGGCUUCCCCUCGUACAUGGCCUCUCCGUACGACCCCCCUCCUUCGGCCAUGGCCGCUCCGCUCGGUUUCCCGCCAUACGGCAGUGCGGGUUUCCCGCCGCCCCCGUAUCAGCUCAACGACCCCGCGUACCGGAAGAACGCAACGCGCGAUGCCACGAGCACCCUGAAGGCCUGGCUGAACGAGCACCGGAAGAACCCGUAUCCCACCAAAGGUGAGAAGAUCAUGCUGGCCAUCAUCACCAAGAUGACGCUCACGCAGGUGUCCACGUGGUUCGCCAACGCCAGACGGAGACUCAAGAAGGAGAACAAAGUGACGUGGGGCGCGCGGGCCAAGAGCGAAGACGAGGACGAGGAGGAAGGAGCGCGCGCCGAGCGGAAAGAAGAUGAGGACGACGACGACGACAAGCACGCUGACAACGGAGACGCAUCCGCUGAGGAUGAGGGCAUCAGCCUACACGUGGACUCUCUGACUGACCACUCGGUCGAGUCAGACGGAGAGAAAGUCCUUUGCAGGAUUGACGAUUUCUCCUGCAAACCUGCCCCUGAAACAAAAGAGAAGCGCUCUGAGAUGGACCUGACCUCUGUUCACGGGGGUCACGGGGGUCUGUCCCCCAAAUCCGUGACCUCGCCACCUUUGACGGGGGUGGAGGCACCACUCUUGGACACGCAUCGUGACAAAAACAAGACCUGCGCUGACAUCCAGAGCCAAAACACCAAGCCCAAGCUCUGGUCGUUGGCUGAAAUCGCAACUUCAGACCCCAAACAGCCGCUCCAGAGCCAGAACUGCGCCUCAGUAGGUGGAAUUUGGACCUCCAGCCAAUCGGCUGCGGCUCCCUCAGCCUCCAUCUUGGCCAGGCCGAUUUAUUACACGUCCCCUUUUUACGGCAAUUACGGCAAUUACGGAAACUUCGGGCAGGGAAUCCUGCGCUACGGCUCCAUUCAUAAACACACUCCAGAGACGGCGAUGCUAAAGGCUAAUCACACUAAUCACGUCCAGACGGAGCAGCACUUCAGGGCCUUGACCAUGGAGGCCAAGAAAGCAGACUCCAGUGACGUGUGCACACUCACGCCUCAGUCUUACCUCUCCAGCUAAAAGAAGACAACAAGCAAAUAGGCGUCAUCAAGCGAGCCUUCCUCUUCCUCCUCCUCCUCCUCCUCCCAUGCAGGCGUCCCCUCCCCCUACACCGGAUCAUAUCUGGUGUCACCUACAUUUCUGAUAAAUAAGGACCUAUGUGGACUGAAGGUGUGUUAUUGGACAAGACGUGUGCGUUUGUAUUGAUUAGAGUAAUUAUCUACCUAAUAAAUAAGGACAUGGUUUCUCAGGAUCCCUACGUUUUGCUUCAUUGCCACCCUGACGGUACGCGCUAAACUUUGGGACGUUCAUUUGAAGACUUUUUUUUUUUUUUUAUUUGGGCCAGAAGCGACACAAGGAAACGCAGGAAGGCGACGCAGCGCUGGUGAAGAGUGGAAUAUUUGAUAUUUAUUUUUGUAAAUGAGGCAAGACGCCUGUAUUAUUUAUGCAAGUUGUAUUGCAACGACAGAAAACCCCAACGUUUUGUUUGUUUGUUUUGUAAAUAGAUGACGUGGGUUUUUAUUUAAAAAAGGAAAAAUACGGGCGAGGGAGUAGACAAAAAUGUUGUUAAACCAGAAGACUUUUACUAAUUUAUAUCUUGCAUUGUAAAUAAAAAGAGACGUGCUAACGCGCACUGGCUAAUUUUGGCGGCAAGCUUCGG